CCGGGCGGGCAGGAGGGAGGCGGGCAGGAGGGAGGCGGGCCGCCCUCCGUCCCAAUCCCAGUCCGCCGGGGAGGCGCUGCGACCCUCUGCGAAGGGCCGCGACCAACGCGGGCCGCAUGGGGAGCGGAGGGCCGAACCGCGGCUGCUGAGGCCGGACGUCCAUGGACCCCGCCGAGGAGCCGCUCCCGCCCGUCAUCUACACCAUGGAGAACAAACCCAUCGUCACCUGUGCCGGAGAUCAGAAUUUGUUUACUUCUGUUUAUCCAACACUAUCCCAGCAGCUUCCAAGAGAACCCAUGGAAUGGAGAAGGUCCUAUGGCCGUGCUCCAAAGAUGAUUCACCUAGAGUCUAAUUUUGUUCAGUUCAAAGAUGAGCUGCUCCCCAAAGAAGGGAACAAAGCUCUUCUCACCUUCCCCUUUCUUCAUAUUUAUUGGACAGAAUGCUGUGACACUGAAGUCUAUAAAGCCACAGUAAAAGAUGACAUCACCAAAUGGCAGAACGUUCUGAAAGCCCAUAGCUCUGUGGAUUGGUUAAUUGUGGUAGUCGAAAGUGAUGCCAAGAAAAAAAACAAAACCAAUAUUCUUCCCCGUACAUCCAUUGUAGACAAGAUAAGAAAUGAUUUUUGUAAUAAACAGAGUGACAGGUGUGUGGUACUCUCUGAUCCCUUGAAGGACUCUUCCCGUACUCAGGAAUCCUGGAAUGCCUUCCUGACCAAACUCAGGACCUUGCUUCUCAUGUCUUUUACCAAAAACUUAGGCAAGUUUGAGGACGACAUGAGAACUUUGAGAGAGAAGAGGACUGAGCCAGGCUGGAGCUUUUGUGAAUAUUUCAUGGUUCAGGAGGAACUGGCCUUUGUCUUUGAGAUGCUGCAGCAGUUUGAAGAUGCCCUGGUGCAAUAUGAUGAACUGGAUGCCCUCUUCUCUCAAUAUGUGGUCAACUUUGGUGCUGGGGAUGGUGCAAAGUGGCUGACAUUUUUCUGUCAGCCAGUGAAGAGUUGGAAUGGACUGAUCCUACGGAAACCAAUAGAUAUGGAGAAACGGGAGUUGAUCCAGAGCCAAGAAGCCACCCUGCUCGACCUACGGAGUUAUCUGUUUUCUCGCCAGUGCACGUUGCUUAUCUUCUUGCAGCGGCCUUGGGAGGUGUCUCAACGCCACUGACCAGAAACUGGCACGUCAGCUCGGCUGGAACUCCUUCAUAACUGUGUACAGGAGCUCAAGCUGCUGGAAGUUUCUGUUCCUCCAGGAGCCUUAGACUGCUGGGUGUUUCUGAGUUGUCUGGAGGUGCUACAGAGGAUAGAAGGUUGCUGUGAUCGAGCACAGAUGGAUUCGAAUAUCUCCCACACUGUCGGCUUAUGGAGCUACGCCACAGAAAAGUUAAAGUCCCUGGGAUACCUGUGUGGACUUGUAUCAGAAAAAGGACCCAAUUCAGAAGAUCUCAACCGAACAGUUGAUCUGUUAGCAGGGUUGGGAGCUGAACGCCCAGAGACAGCCAACACUGCACAGAGUCCUUACAAGAAACUCAAGGAGGCCUUAUCCUCAGUAGAAGCUUUUGAGAAACACUACUUAGAUCUGUCCCAUGCUGCCAUUGAAAUGUACACAAGUAUUGGAAGAAUUCGAUCAGCUAAACUCGUUGGAAAAGACUUGGCGGAGUUUUACAUGAGGAAAAAGUCUCCCCAGCAGGCAGAAGUCUAUCUUCAAGGAGCCUUAAAGAAUUACCUGGCAGAAGGCUGGGCGCUGCUCACACAUACGAGGAAGCAGUUGGCAGAAUGUCAAAAAAACCUGGGUCAAGUGGAAAACUACCUUCAGACCAGCAGCCUUUUAGCCAGUGAUAGCCAUUUAACAGAGGUUGAGCGUAAAUACUUCUGCCAAGAAAUACUAAACUUUGCCAACCAGCAAACAGAUAGCCAAGGUCACAAAGUAAUACUAUCUAUGCAUUCCUUUGCCCAACUGAAAAAUCUCCACUUUGAUCCUUCAAAUGCUGUUGUCCAUGUGGGCGGGACUUUGUCUAUUGAGAUAACUUUACUGAGCCAAAUGCCCAUCCCAGUCCAGGUGGAGCAGAUUGCCAUCAAUGUUCACUUCAGCAUUGAGAAAAACAGCUACCGGAAGACCGCCGAGUGGCUCACCAAGCACAAAACUUCCAAUGGAAUUAUCAACUUUCCAAGUGAGGCUUCCAGCUUCCCUUGGUCCCGAGAUCACCUACCCGCACUGGAGUUGUACGAGAUGUACGAAAAGAGCCCCUCGGAUAACUCGCUGAACACCACGGGGAUCAUUUGUAAAAACGUCCACAUGCUCCUGCGGAGGCAGGAGAGCGGAUCUCCUGCGGAAAUGCCGACCGGGGUGACCCUGGAGGACGGGGCCCACGUGUUGAGAUGUCGCAACGUCACCCUGGAUCCAGGGGUCAAUAGGCUAACUUUUGUCACUCAGGCUAAAGAACCUGGAACUUAUACUCUCAGGCAGCUGUGUACCACUUUGGGCCAAGUGCAGUUUGUUCUCCCUCACAUUUAUCCCAUAGUGCAAUACGAUGUGUACUCGCAGGAGCCACAGCUCAAAGUGGAGCCACUAACUGACAGUCUGUUGGCUGGUAUUCCCCAGAAGGUCAAAUUUACUGUCACCACUGGCCAUUAUGUCAUAAAGAAUGGGGACAGUCUCCAGCUCAGUAACGCCGACGCCAUGCCUAUCUUGUUCCAUUCAGAGAGCAGAGCUGUGAUUUAUUCCAACACCAGAGAAAAGUCUUCAGAGGUACCCCUCGUGAUUCAGUCCUCUGAGAAAGUCACAAGCAUCAGUCUGCCCGUGGCUCCUGCCUACCAUGUGAUCGAAUUUGAAUUGGAAGUCAUCUAUUUGCCUUCAACACCAACUGCAGGGGAGAGUGAUAAGCAAGGGAAUAAAGAACCCCAGAGGAAAAAUAAGGAAAAACAGAUAACGGAGGAUUGCAUGGUUACUGUUGAUCAGAAAGUAUCUAUUGAUUGCCCAUGGUCAAUUUACUCCACCAUUAUUGCGUUAACAUUCAGUAUACCUUUUAAGGCCACCCACUCCCUUCUCUCAGCUGGAAAACGGAAAUAUAUCCAAGUUUGUGUCCAGAAUUUGUCAGAACUUGGCUUCCAGUUAUCACACAAUAACCUCAGAGAGGCUACUAAUAGCCCAGGCCUGCAACUAAUGCCUUUGAACACCAAGUCCCAACAGCCUAUAUACAGUCAGCAGUCUGUGUUCUUUGUGUGGGAAUUGAUGUGGACCAAGGCGUUUCCCCCGCCCCUGCAGUGUCGGUUUUCGGUCGACUUUCGCCCGGUGUCUAAAGAAGAACAGUCCGUCUCCCUACAGCCGUACACUUACGAAUUUCAAAUGGAAAACUUUUUCACAUUAUACAAUGUGAAAGCUGAGAUAUUCCCUCCUUUGGGGACAGAGUAUUGUAAAACAGGCUCACUCUGUUCUUUGGAAGUGUCCAUCACCCGCCUCUCCGACCUCCUGGAGGUGGAUAAGGAUGAAUCAUUAACGGAAUCGGAUGAAUAUUGUUCCACAAAACUUAUGUAUGAAGUCGUGGACAACAGUAGUAACUGGGCCGUGUGUGGAAAGAGCUCCGGUGUCCUCUCGAUGCCUGUGGCAGCCCGAGCCACCCACAAAGUCCACAUGGAAGUCAUGCCUCUGUUUGCUGGCUAUCUCCCCUUUCCCGACGUAAGACUUUUUAAAUACCUCCCUCAUCAUUCUGCCCACUCCACGCAACUUGAUGCUGACAGCUGGAUUGAAAACGAUAACCUGUCCGUGGACAAGAAUACGGACGACCAAGCCGACAGCAGCAGCAUAAAGAGCAGAGGCAGCCUCCAUUCCACAGCCAGCACGGAGACACGAGGCUUCCCCAUGCCGCGGUUACAAUCCUUCCCAGCCGGUCAGGUCUUCAACUCCAGCACUGGCAUGCAGAUCCUGGUCAUCCCCAGCAAGGACGACCACGUCCUGGAAGUCAACGUCACAUGACGACGCCCCGGAGAGGCGGAGGGACGAACAGAUGCGCUCGAGACCGGAUCCCAAUGCACCCCGAAGGCUCCCGCCCCCGAUCGUCGUCCUCCACUGUAACACUGGGGCCCGAGCCAGAUGGGCCUACGCGGUUCGGCGGCAACCCCUGAGUCGUCGGACCCUUUGUAUAGUCUGCGUGUGACGCAUCUUGCCGGCGAUGAUGUCGCUUUCGGAUGAUGCCUUUUGCGCAUCACGGCUCAUUUUCUCCAUCUCCGUCCCCUUCCCCUCCCUGCCAGCUUCCCUCACCCCGCGUCGUUCCCCCUCCCCGCCAAAUCAAUCUCGUUCAGCUGACCGAGUGAAGGCACUCGUAAUCCAUCACUCCACCUGGAGCAGCCGUGAAUCCCGCUGGCUCUUGUAUGGGUGGCUGCCCCAUCCUGACCCCAUUAAUUUUGUGUGUGUGUGUGUGUGUGUGUGUGUGUGUGAGAGCGCACACGUGCACGCAUCUGUGUCCGUCCGUCCAUCCACCUGUCCGUCCGUCUCCACCGCCAUCUGAUUUUCGGACCAGAAUGGUUUCCUGAUUCUCUUCGGGGUGACGUGUGAUCCUUUUUCAAGAUCAUCGGAAUGUCCUUUUCUAAAAUGACCUUUUGUAGUUCUUUGGCAUACUUAACCCCUUCUGUGCCUUGACCCGUGAAUGGCGUGGAUCCGUUGAGGUCUGGGACGUGCACCUUCUGGGCCCCUCGGAGUCAUUUUAAAGGUACCAUCAAAAGCCUGGCCUCAGGCCAGGAUGGAAACCCCGGCACUUAAGUGGUUAAGUUAGGACUAAAGUGGUCUUAGGACCCUGUUACCUGCCAGAAGCUGAUUGAGUUGAAUGUGUGGCGCAUCCAAAGUGUAGUUUAAAGUCUGUUGUCCCGUGUCUUGUCGUUGGGCUUUGUUGUUUCGAUGGUUUCUUCUCAUCUCCAUUACUUGGAACGAGGUGGCCCCCAGGGAUAGCCCUCUCCAGAGGAGAGGCGAGAGGUGAGCGAAAAUGCCCAGCUCCCUGAGACCGAGUCCCAGCCCCCAGUCCCUGCCUCUCUGGGCUGCUCACCCUCUUCUCGCCCCCCAGGCAGGCCAGACCACGGUGGGUGAGAAACUCGGGAGCACAUUGGAGUUUCUGCUCUCCGGCCCCUGGGCUGGGUCAUUGUGCUGGAGCAGUGGGGAGUCCAUAGCCAUAUAUGUUUUUGCACCUUAAACCUAGAAUUGCAGAUGUUUCCAUUGAAAAUGAAGGUGACCAGAAGGCCUCUCUCAGAGUAUGUUUCUUGUCCGGUUUCGGGGAAGAAUGAAGGUCUUAGAAUUGACCCGGGGAAGAAUGAAGGUCUUAGAAUUGACCCACUCCUGGUGUAGUGAACUGCAGUCAUAUACAGUCCCAACUGAUUCUUUUGUUCUCAGUUGUAAAUUUUGUUGUACAUAGGAUUGAUUAUUAUUUAAAGAAAAAAGAAAGUCAGACUAACUGAUGUAACAUCUGUGUAUAAGUUGCACCAAAAACACCCCCACAAAACAAGACACAAACCAUCGAGGACAUAAAUGUUAGUUUUUAAUUAGUGUAAAAGUCACAGCUUGUAAAUAAGUGAUGUAUGUUUUAAACCUUUUCCAGCUCUCAAAAGCUAUGUAUUUUUGUACAUAUUAAGAGAAGUACUCGCAUUCACUGGGAAAGUUUGGUGGGCUGUGGAAGGAAAAUAAAUGCAAACUGAUAUAUAGUCAGUUAUAGCAAAUAGGUGGCACUUCUUCUAGAUAACCUCUGUGGUGUUGAGCCUUAAAAAGUGGAACAGAAAUCUUCUACCGCUGAAUCACAGAUCGCUCAAGAUCGUGGACAGAAGCUGAUUAGUCUUUGCAGUCGGUUCGUUUUCAGUAGUCUUUUUAGAGUGUUGAAGCCAUUCAGGGCAUGUGCUUCUCAUAACUUUUUCUCAUUUGAAUCAAUUACAGGCGGAAGCAGAGAAGAGGGUAAGUAUUUAGGUGUUCUCCCACAAACUUUCUCAAAUCGAUUUCCAGUGUGGACCCCUUCAAACUAAUCAGCUUAAUCAGCUGAGGCAAGCUAGUUCUUCAAAACCCUGUGGAAGAGAGAUUCAGAAUAUGGUGGACACUGGGUGCUUGUUGCCUUAGAGGCUCCCAACUGGAAUACGUAUCGUCCAGGUUGGCAUCAAGCCCUCUGCGGAAAUAGUUCCUCUGCCAGUGAAAGAUCAUCUCCAGUGAACAGAGGCUCUAGAAUAUGCAUUCCAGUUGGAAGAAAAGAUGACUAGGUCAAGGUCAUUUUCCCACACUGACUUCUUUGAAGCAGGUGUGGUUGAAACUCAGCUAGUUUUCAUUUGGUAUUUUAUACUUCGGUUCCACUCCCAUUGUAAGAUCAGGCGGUGGGCUGGUACUCGGAGAGAAUCAGGGAUGCCCACUUGAAAAUAUCUGUAACUUUUAAAUGACUUAAAUUAAGCCUAGAUACUAGAGAGCUCUCCUUAGCAUCCAAUGUGCAUGCGUUUCUCUGCUUUGGUUUUAUACCACAGAAUGAUUCAAUCGCGCAUUGAGCCUGCACCAGAUUUUUCUAAAUAGUCGCCAGAAAAGAAAUCGUCACAUCAUGCAUUAAACGAUUACUACUGAAAGAUUUAUGCCUAUAAGCAGAGACCGAGCUGGCUUCAUGUUUGGAAAGACGGCAGCUCUAGAAAAUGGUGAGAUGCUUAAAAUACACUGUUAAGUGGGAAAAAAUGGUGGUUCUGCUAUUUAUAGAUAUAUGAACCUGUAAAUAUGAUCAAUUGUAAAAAAAAAAGGUAUAAUUUUUGUGAAUUUCAUGGGUUUUCCUGUGACUGGAAAAAUUAUAACCCUUAGGUCAUGUCCUGCUUCUGCUCUGGGGAUUGUCACACCUGACGGAAUACUGACUCUCUCCAUUCGGUUCUCUAGCGUUCUGCUGUCAUGACACUCCAUAUAGAAAAAUUUCCAGCGACAAAUCCUUUUCACUAAGGAUAAAGAUCCAAAAGGGAAAUUGUGAGGGAAGUAUCUCCUCAAAGGCUAAUCCGUAGUUUUUAUUUUGUCUUUAAUCUUAGGUUGUGUGAUACAAACUUAAAACUGUAGAAAGGAAUUUUGUCUGAUAGACUGGAAGAAUCAGAAAAAAAAUAUGCUAGUCCCAUUGACUGUGAUCGGUAAGAAUGACCUCUAAAAUAAGUCUUUCAUUUUGGUUUGGGUUUUUUGUUUUGGUCUUUUUUGGGUGAUGGGAAUGCCCUUCCUCUGUAAAAUUCAUGACAGUUUUAAUCAGGUGAAAUGGAAAACGCUGUUAGUCCAGCUGCUGGGAUUCUGUGACUGGAAAAGGUGACAAGUUAGUGACUUCGACACUGCGGGUAUUAUGAUUAAUUCCAUUUUCAUGGUUUACUGUAAAAUCAUUUUUCAUAUUGUUCUGUAAUAUAUUGUUAGACUAAACACAAAUUGUAUUAAGAUUGUUAAAAUGUAAGCAGUAUGAUUCUAAAAUAUACAUGUUUUAAAAAAGCAA